UUGCUGACAGGCUGAGCGGCAGCGGCUUCUUAGAACGGCUCACUUUAUCAGUGGCAGCGCACACGCAGCACAGGAAAGAGCGCUAUCACCGCCGAGGAAAGGCACGCCAACAGAGCAACAAACAACCCAGCUGCUUCUCUCUCAACUGAUGGGUUAUAACUUUAGAUUAAUCGUCUAAGAGGGGUGGGGAACAAGGCUUUCCCCCUUUUUUGUAUUGGUAGAACAGCAGAGAAAGAUUAAGCCUGCGCUGCACUUUUUUUUUUGGUGUGUUUUUAUUUUUUGAUGGAUUGUAUGGCUUGAAAUCUACGGUGAUGCAACCAGAAGAUCUUGUACGCCAAGACAUGCAGUUUUAUUAUGUGGGUGAGCACACCUGGGCCACCAUGCUGGGGCAGAGCGUGAGGCUGCAGCCAGUGCCCAUCCAGAGCCUGUCUGAGCUGGAGCGUGCCCGUCUGCAGGAGGUGGCCUUCUACCACCUGGAGGAGCGUGACCUCAACCUCAACAUCAGCAUUCCACGAGAGACUCGAAAGAGAAGGAAGUCCUUGCGGAGAAAGUUUGACUCCUUCUCAAAAGAGAAAAAAGAACGAGAGACGGCCCCCAAGGCAUUCGGCAUCGCCCUGUCACAAGUCAUCACAAACGACCGAGCGCGUAAGCAGCGUCAGGAUGCCCUGAAGGAGAGCCGUCGGGACUGCUUGGACCUGGAAGCCAGCGUCCUGCGAUUCCGAGCGGAGAAACGGCAGCACGACAACGGAAACAACCCACCUCGCAGCACCGCCUCCACCCCUGCCGCCACCUCCACCCUGGAGCUCCACAACAAGCCACUGUCUCCCACCUUCCAGGACAAAACUUCCAGGGCCCACCGCAGGGGAGGCCUGUCGGUGGACUCCAUCUCUGACCUGGUGGAGAGCCAGUCUCGGCUGCUGGAGGCCUUGCAGCUCUCCCACCCAAACGAGCUGGACAUCAAGAAGGCGACAGGCCGCGCCCAGACCAAGCUCAGCCUCAACCCCAUCUACAGGCAGGUGCCCCGCGUGGUGGAGCGCUGCUGCUGCCACAUCGAGGCCUACGGGCUGCAGACUGUGGGGAUCUUUCGUGUUGGAAGCUCAAAGAAGAGAGUCCGGCAGCUGAGGGAAGAGUUUGACCAGGGGAACGAUGUCUUUCUGGAUGACGAGCAAAGUGUUCACGAUGUUGCAGCCCUGUUGAAAGAGUUCCUGAGGGAUAUGCCUGAUCCCCUGCUGCCCCGCGAGCUCUACUCUGCAUUCCUGCAUGCCAACAGCCUGAGGGGAGAGGACCAGCUCACGUACCUGCAGCAGCUGAUCUACCUGCUGCCGCCAUGCAACUGCGACACUCUCUUCCGGCUGCUAACACUUCUGCACACCGUGCAGAGUCAUGCCCAGGACAGCAUGAGCCCAGAAAACCAAGAGAUUCCAGGAAACAAAAUGACCGCGGCUAACUUGGCGGUGAUAUUUGGACCCAACCUGCUCCAGAGGGAAUACAGCACAGAGAAAGAGUCCAGCUCACAGGCCCUGGGAAUCGAGGACAGCGCGGCUGUCAUAUCCGUCACACUGCUGCUCAUCCAGAACUACAAAAACCUGUUUACGGUUUCUGCAGAGCUCCAGCAGGAGGUGCUAAUGAGCCUCAUCCAGACGGACCCCGACAUCAUUGAUUACCUCCUGCGAAGGAAACUCAGUCAUCUGACCAAUGAGGUGGACGCAGGAGGCAGGCGAGACAAGGCGUCGAUGGACUCGGUGGGUCAUUCCAGCGAGGACCUGUCGUCCCUGGAGGCCCCUUCUCCACUGUUCCCUGAGGACCAGGAGGACGGCAGCCUGUGCAGCGAGGUGUUCCUCAACGUGCUGCGGCUCAACCAGAACAGGAACCGGUCCUCUGAGGACGGGCCAGGGAAGUGCGUCGGCCACAUCAGGCAUUUCCACUCCCACCACAACCUGCUGAGCCUGGGCCAAGCCUUGCCCCAGUCCACCUCUGAGGACAGGGACCCCCGGGACAGGCCAGCACCGGAGGGGGGGCAGGCGUGCGAGGGGGGGAGCGCCGUUUACAGCCAGGGUCAGGGCCCCGGUGCAGCAAAAACUCAGUCCCCCGGGGACAGCAUAUGGGUGAGGCAGAGCAGCACAGACGAGGGCAAACCUCAGCCCACAAACUUCUGGGACUUUUUCACCGGAACCGUCACCGGAUCAGAAACCAUCGUAUGAUCUGGCAAUGCAGCGCGAGAGACACUUUGGACUAUCCAUCCGCCCAAUUCAAAGACACACAAAGACACAGUCAUACAGAGUUGCACCCAUUCAUGUGAACACACGUACGCACGGAGGUAGACAAAUAUAAAUUUUUACAAUUACCAUUGGAAUUGGGGUCACAGUGGCACUUGGUUCUUUUAAUCAUGUGCAAGCCAAUAUCUAUGUGCUCCUUCAAAAGACUAGUUGAUCACGUUGUGAUUGCAUGUAAUUAUGCGUUUAAGAUAUGAAGGACAUACAUGUACAUGAAACUGAUAAGAAGUUGUAAAUAUCACAUAGGCUUUUCCCAGACUUUAGUUGUCUAUUUGUUUUUUUGUUUAGCAUAGAGAACAGUCACAACCAAUAUGACAGAAAUGCAACAAAAAUCAUUUGGAGCUUUGGGAGGUUACUCAGAGAUAAAAUCUCUCCUUUCUCUUUCUCUUUUAAAUAUCAAACUUGCCUGCCACGGAUUCCCCUCUUAAGGCAGCUGUCAAUAGCCACAUGUUCUGCAAUUGCAUGAAUUCUGCAAGUUCAAAAGCAACACCCAAGACACACAAACUCUUCAUUCUCAGAAAACUUGCUCCAAAAAUGUGCAUCUCUUUGCUGAAUUAAAAGCAUAAUGGUAGUCUAAAUAAAUAAAAUGGUUUUAUCAAA